GCUGCCUCGAAACAAAGUUUUUUUUUUUUUUUUUGGAAAGGGUUACAAGCUUCGCAGAGACCUGAGGCAUCUAGCACCCACGCCCGUAGUGGAAAAAAGCUAUCCGAGGUGGGAGGUGUAAGUUCCACUGCCCCUUAGGACUACCUAGCGCAACGAUGAAUCUGGAGCGGGUGUCCAAUGAGGAGAAGCUGAACCUGUGCCGCAAGUACUACCUUGGUGGGUUUGCGUUCCUGCCUUUUCUCUGGCUCGUCAACAUCUUCUGGUUCUUCAGAGAGGCCUUCCUUGCCCCAGCCUACACAGAGCAGAGCCAGAUCAAAGGCUAUGUGUGGCGCUCAGCUCUGGGCUUCCUCUUCUGGGUGAUUGUACUGACCACCUGGAUCACGAUCUUUCAGAUCUACCGGCCCCGCUGGGGGGCCCUUGGGGACUACCUCUCCUUCACCAUACCCCUGGGAACCCCUUGACAACUCUCUCACAGGCUGGUAGCCUGGUCUUUCUUCCAGGAUGGGCUCUUCUGCUCUAAAUUCAAUCUCAAGCCCAAAGACUCUACCUGUCUCUCACCUUCUUUGCUGACGUGCCCCAAUAAAGGACCCAAACUUUAA